AUGACGGCCCGCGGCUCGCCCAGCAGGUUCCUGACCGCCGUCCUACAUAACGGCGUGGGCCGCUACGUACGGCAGCUCCAGCGGCUCCAGCUCCUCUUCAGUCCUACUGCGGCCGACUCUCGCGGCGCCAGGCAGUUCGUGGAGGAGGCGGCGCUGGACUUUGCCCGUCGGCACCCUGAUGUCGUCCUCUACGUCAGCCCCCGCUCUGGCCGAGCCCCGCUGCUGCUGGCUGAGUACUUGAACGGGACAGUACGGGAGGAGCUCAUCGCCAGCAAGACAAGCGAGGAGAUUGUGCAGCUGGCCACCAAGCUGGCUGGCCAGUCUGGCCUGGACAUCAUCCGCAUCCGCAAGCCCUUCCACACUGACAACCCCAGCAUCCAGGGCCAGUGGCACCCCCUCACCAACAAACCCUCCGCCCUCACUGUCCAGGGCCCACGCUUGCAGCCCAAAUAAA